UUCACGAAAAAGUAAAGAGAGAGAAAUCAAGAAAGUGAAAGAGAGGGAAAAAGAGCAUUGGAAAUGGCGAAGAAAAAAAAAGGAAGAAGAAGAAACUCUUCUUGAGUUCUCACAAAUUAUCUCCUUUCUCUAUCUAGAUCUAUAAAAAUCAAGAUUUGACCACUUUUUCUUUCUCUCUCUAUACAUAUGCAUAACCAUAAAAUAUAUAUAUAUAUGUACUGAUGAUAAACAUGGAAAUGGUACUAGCGAAUUGCUGCUGAGUAACCAAAGUUGUUCUUCUUGAUUUUAUUAGCUCAAAUUUUGUUGGAUUCCAAACAUAAACAUGAAUCAUCUCACUGUUGAAACUGAAGAUACUUUUGCUAGCUUGCUUGAAUUUGCAGCCAACAACGAUAUAGAGGCUUUCAAAAAAUGGAUUGAGCGUGAUCUAUCCAGUAUUCAUGAGGUUGGGCUGUGGUAUGGGCGCCAAAAGGGCUCAAAGCAAAUGGUUCUCGAGCAUAGAACUCCUUUGAUGGUUGCUGCUAUGUAUGGUAGUAUUGAUGUUUUAAAACUGAUCCUUUCUCUACCUGGAGUUGAUGUGAAUCGUUCUUGUGGCCGUGAUAAUAGCACCGCCCUUCAUUGUGCUGCCUCAGGUGGAUCUUUGAAUGCUGCUGAUGCUGUCAAACUGCUUUUAGAAGCUGGUGCUGACCCAAACCUCAAAGAUGCCAGUGGUUAUUGCCCUCUUGAUGUUAUAGUUAUUUCUCCAAAGGCUCACAAGAUGAAACCUUGCCUAGCAAAUCUGCUCAAAACGGAUGCUAUGGGAGACUGCAACCUGAGGGUGUCUAUGGCCAGUUCAAACUCAAAUUCUCCACCACUUUCGCCUUCUCUUGGAGACGGCUCGUCAUCUUCUGCUUCUGAUACAACUUCUUCCCCGAGGAGUGCAAAAUCUAUUGACCUCCCGGUGUCCUCUACUUCAGAGAAGAAAGAAUACCCUAUUGAUCCCUCCUUGCCUGAUAUAAAGAACAGCAUCUACUCCACAGAUGAAUUCAGGAUGUUCUCAUUUAAGAUCAAGCCUUGCUCUCGUGCAUACUCUCAUGAUUGGACUGAAUGUCCAUUUGUCCAUCCGGGUGAAAAUGCUCGAAGAAGAGAUCCAAGAAAGUACCACUACAGCUGUGUACCUUGCCCUGAGUUUCGCAAGGGAGCUUGCAGACGAGGGGAUAUGUGUGAAUAUGCUCAUGGGGUUUUCGAGUGCUGGUUACAUCCUGCUCAAUAUCGAACUCGGCUUUGUAAAGAUGGUACAAAGUGCGAUAGAAGAGUUUGUUUCUUUGCCCACACGCAGGAGGAACUCAGGCCGCUAUACGUCUCUACUGGUUCUGCUGUUCUGUCACCUAGAUCAAAUACUUCUGCUGCCGCUGCAAUGGGCCUAAUACCUGGUUCUCCAUCCUCACCCUUCACUCCUCCAAUGUCUCCCUCCGCUAACGGUGUUUCAAACUUGGUGUGGCCCCCACAUAAUGUCCCAGCUUUGCAUCUUCCUGGCAGCAAUUUUCAGUCCAGUCGCUUGCGGUCAUCACUAAAUGCAAGAGACAUCCCUGCUAAAGACCUGAAUAUGUUGUCAGAUUUUGAUGUGCAGCAACAGCAGCUACUAAAUGGACUGUCUUGCCUAUCCCAGUCCUGCAUGAAUGCUAAUUCUUUUAAUCGUUCAGUUCGUCCUAAGACCUUAACUCCUUCGAAUCUCGAGGAUUUAUUUUCUGCUGAGGGCGGCUCAUCUCCUAGAUAUUCUGAUCAAGCAUUAGCUCAAGCUGUUUUCUCCCCUACACACAAGUCAGCGGUUUUCAACCAAUUCCAGCAGCAGCAGGAGGCCAUGUUAUCUCCGAUUAAUACAAAAUUUUCACCAAGAAAUGUUGACAAUUCACCAUUGCAGGCCUCUUUUGGAGUUCCUAUGUCUCCCCGAGGGAUGGAACCUAUUUCACCAAUGAGUUCUCGUGUCUCAAUACUUGCUCAAAGUGACAAGCAUCAUCAGCUAAGGAGUCUCAGCUCUCGUGAUCUGGGCUCUGGUGCUGAUACUUGGUCGAACUGGGGUAUAGGUUCGGGAAAGCCAGACUGGGCUGUCAAUACCGAGGAGUUUGGUAGGCUAAGGAGAUCAUCGUCAUUUGAGCUUGCUAACAAUGGAGAAGAGCCUGAUCUAUCUUGGGUCCAAUCUCUUGUCAAAGAAUCGUCACAGGAAAUUAUGGACAAAUCUGCAACUCGUGUAUCAGGCCUUACAGAUGCUGGUGCUGACAUCUGCGAAGGCUCAACAUCGGGUUCACAGAUUGAACAAUUUGAUCAACUAGGUGCAUGGAUGGAGCAAAUAAAGCUUGAUCAGCCAAUAGCUCAGUAAUAACAUCCUUGUUUUUCAUUUUACUGAUCCUUGACGUUUUCAAAGCAUAAGGUUUUGGUAAAUGGUAACUGGUUUCCUAGCUUCUGAAGGAAAUUUAUUAUUUGAAGUAGGUAUAAUAUAAAAAUCGAUUUAGGCGAUUUUUCUCCAAUGUUACUGGAUGUAGACUCUUACUCAUAACAAUUUUACCCUUUUUAGUUUUCGGAGUACUGAAAGCAGUUGUAUUUUUUGUAACAAUCCUGUAUUAACAGAGGUUAUUUCAUCUGAAUGUUGAUAAAA